AUAAUUUCAGACACACAAAAAUCAAGCAAGCGCUUUUGUUGAGUUUUAAUAAAAAAAAGUUUCCUCCUUAAUCUAAACAAAUUGUAUUUUCCUGAAAUAAACAAAUAAAUAAAUGGAUUUAUACGAUGACUUGGAUACAAAGCAACGAGCUGGCCAAAUUGAUGGCUGGUCGUCGGGAAUUAAAAUGUUGCAAACGCAACUGGCCAUAAAAAAGGCAACCAAUCCCCAACCAAAGAAGGAACCGAAGAAAACUCUUUUAACUCCAAUCAUCAGUCUUCGACCCAAGAAACCCCCAGAAGAUGAUAUUUUCACUCCAGUGAAAAGCGAACCACGGCCAAUGAAAACAACGAUUGGCCAACCUUUGGCUCCGGUUAUUGAGAAUAACAAAUCAACCGAUUACGAAUGGGAUUUUGUGGAUGAGUAUGACCCGAUGUGGCCAAAUGAGUACGAGAAGAUGAUCAAGGAGAAACGAGAUAAGGACAAAGAAAGACGCGAUGAGAGAAGAAAACGACGAAGUAACGCUGGUGGCGGAGGAGGAGGUGGCGGUGGUAAUUCUGGUGGAUUAGAUAAUAAUCGAAAAGACACAUCUCCGAAAUAUUCCGGCUUUUCAAAUCGUCACAAUGAUGAAGAUACAUAUGUCAGAUCACCACCAGCAUCAGGAGGUGGAGGAAACAAAGGAGCUGCCAUCGCUCCACCUCCAUCGCUUCAAGAAAUCUCUCUCACUAAUGGAGAUGGGUCCACCGCUGUCACAAUUCCUUACACAACAAAUUCAGUUGCAGCCAAAAUCAUGGCCAAAUACGGAUUUAAGGAUGGCCAGGGUUUGGGCAAAUCGGAGCAAGGAAUGUCGAUGGCGUUACAAGUGGAAAAAACCUCAAAACGUGGCGGACGAAUUAUCCACGAAAAGGAAUUACUUAUGCCACCUCCACCUGCAGUCCCAAAUUCACCUCCAUCUGGUGGUGGAGGUGGAGCUGGAGAUGCUGUCCAAAAAAUUGAACCUAGUAUAACUGAGAUUAUGAAAGAACCCAGCAAAGUUGUUUUGCUAAGAAACAUGGUUGGUCCAGGAGAUGUGGACAGUGAAUUAGAACCGGAAGUGAAAGACGAAUGCAACACAAAAUAUGGUGACGUUGUAAGUGUUGUUAUACAUGAGUCGUUUGGUACAGUUCCAGAAGAUGCUGUUAGGAUAUUUGUAGAAUUCAAAAGAAUCGAGAGCGCCAUUAAAGCCGUUGUUGAUUUAAAUGGACGUUUCUUUGGUGGGCGACAAGUUCGAGCUGGUUUUUAUAAUUAUGAUAAAUUUAAAAGCUUUGAACUGCAAUAGAUUUUUAAAACUAGGAGUGCAUUUUUUCUUAAGAAAUAAAUCAAAUGUCUUGACA